UCAGCAGAGUACCCGAUGCCCCCACCCCACUAGGGAGGAAAACCAGCGCACUCCAACCCCUCCCAGUGACCAGCUGCAGAGCCAUCUGGUGCGGGCGAGAUAACCACGCUGCUCCCUCCCCGGUCUCUCUCGCUCGCUGUCCACCUCCGCCCCCCUCCCCGCCUCCGCCCAUUCUCCACCCCCCUUGUUCUCGCGAUCAUCUCCGGCUCCGCCCCCGAGGUCCGGCGAGAGGGACGCGCGGCGCAGUUUCUUGCUGCGGAGCUCGCCGCCCUCCGGACCAGAGGGGAAGCUCGCCGCCGGCGUGAGGGGCCGUCUUCCGCGCCCGCGUCCGUGCGUUGGGGGUGGCGACAGGGACGCGAGUGGGCGGGCUGCUUCGCCGCUGUUGCUUGUAGGUGGCGGUAGCCUCUGGAACACUCCCGCUGCAGCAGGCAGGUCCAACAGUUUGUAUAUUUGGAAAUACAAAUAGCCAAAGUAGGCGUGGUCAGCAUGCAGUCAUAUUGGCCGCCGUUCAUCCCUAACGCCGCCAUGGAGAAGCCGGAGAUGCAUUCCUUGUACAGCGAUUUUGCACAUAUAUUUGACAUGUCAACAGAGAAUGCGAGGCUGGGCUGCUACAUCGCUCCCAAAAUGGGGCACCUGCCUGUCUUGUUGAAACGCUCUGUCCUCCUUACUGGAAGCGCAAUUUUGACCAUUAUCAUCCGCUACAGAGCUCUGCUGGACAGAUGGAUACUGCAAAAAGGCGCCGUCUCCCAUUCCCAGGGUGCACCUGUUCAGUCCACCAUGAUGUUGCGAUCCUGUUGGCAGUGUAGAUCCCUGCCUUUGUUUGUCGGCAUUGGUGUUCUGAUGGCAAGGCUCUGUAGUUACAUUACCAUUCAGAGUCAUAACAAUAACCGGCAAGUCAUCCGCGGCAUUGAAACUAACCUUCAGGGUGAUUCGAUCAUUGAGAGUAACAAGUCGUGCAGUCAGCAGUCCGUCCUUCCAAGUUUGCUUGGUAGCAAGUACGAUUACGUCCGUUUGCUGCUUCAUUGUAUUUGUAGCACCGCCAUUUUUAAGGCGCAUGCGGCGCCAAAGGUGAUCAGCUUCAAGGGAUGGAACAUACAAAAGAACUAUGAUUUCAGCGCACUUGGGAGCAUCGUGGCAAAAAAUGGACAUUAUCUGACUUAUGUUGGAGCACUGGUGACUCUGCAGAUAUUUUUGCAGAUGAACAGAGUGAACACUACCACUUCACUCCUGCCAAUGCUGAUUCAGACAACAAGCUCCAGGAGCAAAGCUGCAGUUUUCAGCAAGGUGGUGAUAAUUCUGGUGAACUCAUGCGGCAUUCUUGGAUCCGCCUUCACGACAAAACACCACGGUCGCGCGGCAACGUUAACCGUCAGCGUUGUCCUAAUGGUGUUUUGCCAGAUGGCGAUUCCAUUGAUCGUCGAGUUCCACAUCGGGUUUGGCGGCGCAAGCCGGAUGCCGGGAGGGUACACCGCUGCCAUGUUCUUGCUCACCUGCGCCGUCUCCUGCGGCCUCAGCUGGUCAUGGGGCUCCAUGUUCUGCACCUUUCCUGGCAAGAAGGUCCACUCAGCAGGUCAGCUCUUGGGCAUGGCUCUGAAUUUGGCCCUCUGCUACGCCCAGAUGCAGUUCUUCCUCAUGAUGCUUUGGCGGCUGAAGAACGCCAUCCUUGCCUACUAUGCCGUGUGGAUUUGGUCGUGAUUAAAUUAGGUUCUGCACAUAAACCACGGCUAGACGGUAGCCCCGUGGAGUAGUUCAGUGGAUCUGAAUCUGUGAUGCUAUCCCUUUUUUUUUCUUUUUCUUGGGACAUAUUUUUGUAUAGUUUUUGUAUAGUUCUCCUGUAAGCUUGCAGGGGUCCUAUCUGUAGUAGAUCGCACUGUCUAUAUAUGUAAAUAGAUGCAUAAGCGCGCUUCGCUGCUCUGAUCUUCGAUGUGGUGAUUUUCU